AUGUGUGAAACAGCGAACUCCAGCCUUAUCACCCUCAAACUUGCGGAAAGCAAAGCAUCUAUUCGAUGUCAUUGGAGAGUGAAUCCAGCCCCAACGGGCACCAAGGCGCCAUUCCGAACCUUCGAUCUGUUAUUGACCACAGAGUCUAUUUGGCCGAAGCCCGAAACGCCGGGCGCACUCUUUACAAAGGAUCUCGAAAUAUUCGAAGUAUUCCACAGCAAUGGAAAUGCAACACGUAUUCUAGGUGACUGCCUAGCUCAAGAAUUUUUGUGCAGGUGUAUUAUCAAUCACGUUGAGAAUAAGGGCUCGUCAUUGACAGCCCUGAAGCUCCUACUGCCAAACGUGGAUGGGUACAUUCUUCGCAAGGACCUGAUUCAACGACGGUUCCUCGGAUGUGAUCUUCCAUGCGAGAUUGCGGAAUUUAUAUCGCCCCGACAGCCCGUUUCGAAAUUCGAUGGAGCCACAGACGUGUUCUCUGCUGCUCUCCACCAAGCGUUGGGUGGCUUUCUUGCCCGCGAUACGGGAGCGAACCAGCAACUUGCUGAAUGUGCGUUGAUGCAACUUGAGCUGGAAGCAACGCUUAGAUUGUCCUUUCCAUGGAUAGUUGCGAAUCCACUGCCACAAUACCGUUUGGCCAUAGUGGAAGGUCGUCCGCACCCCACUAUAUCUGCAGCGUCUGAAGGUCCCUAUCGGGCUGCUUCCGCCCUAGGCGUGGAGGUGGUUGUUCUCGAUUUCGACGGCCAUUGGCUUCAAAACGCUAAUAAUCGGAAUCUGUGCGGCGAAUUCCUUGUCUGCGACAUCGCCCCCGGCGACGAAUUGCCGGAUAGAAUCGUCGCCGCGGUGUCCCGUAGCCGGGGUCCCAUACACGGUAUCAUCACGUACUCCGACCGGCUUCUCGUUUCUACAGCCAAAGCAGCGCGACUUCUGGGUCUUUGGACUAAUCACCCUCACUGUAUCGAGGCCUGUUGCAAUAAGUCCAAGUUACGUGCGCUUUCGCAACCUGACCAGCCUGUCUUAUCCGCGAGGGAUGUGGCCGACUUGCGGCACAAGCUCAAUGCUUUGUCCACUCCACUGAGCUACCCAUUGAUUAUCAAGCCGGAUCGGGGCUCUUCAUCCGAAGGAGUGAUGCUGGUGCAGACUGAGCAGGAGUUGCUGGAAGCGAUGCACAAGAACCACAUAAAUUUCCCGGACCGGGAGCACCUCAUUGAGCCAUAUAUUUCAGGACCUGAAGUUGACGCAAACUUUGUCCUGGUUGAUGGCAGUAUUGCGUUCAGUGAAAUCAAUGACGAUUUUCCGUCUGGUGCUGACCUUGGUGCUGACCUGUCACAAUCACCUUCCUUUGCCGAAACUUCGACCAUAAUGCCCUCAGGCCUUCCUACAUCUGAAUUAGCUUUGCUCAAAUCAAAGUUAGCUGAGCGUCUCAAAAGCCAAGGUCUGAAGACAGGCAUGUUCCACGUCGAGGCGCGCAUGCAACAUAGUCGUAUGGCCUAUGAGAUGCAGGGCCAGGCCAUGGAACUUAGUGAGCGACCUCUGUUGGGCUCUCAAGUGCCAAACGUUUUUCUCAUUGAGAUCAAUCCGCGUACACCUGGACAUCAGGAAACUUUUGCCGUCGAAUACACCUACGGCAUCGACUACUACGCACUGUACACUCUUCUUGCGCUGCGUCAGUUGCCUGACAGUCCCAGCAAUGGGAAUGUUCCGGAUCCCGCACUCAAUGCCUUGGAAACACUCAUUUGUCCUCUUCCCGAUGUCAUUCAGUAUCCCACAAAUAUCGUCUUUGUCCCCGUCUCGCGAGGUGGUACUUUUGCCGGAGCAAGGCCCAUUCCAACUUCGCUCCUGGCACAUAUUCCACAUUACCGGGUCCUGCUAAAGAGAGGAGAAACGAUCCCAGACCCCCAACAAUCUGGGCGGUGGCCAUUUGUGGCAUAUUUCUUGGUAACAGCCAGUCUCAUUGGCCAGCCAGGGCGGGAGCAAGUUCGGGCACUGGGCGAGUGUAUUAGGCAUGAGUUUCACUAUGAAGUUCUCUGA